AUGACCGAAUCGAGGACAGAAAGCAUGCCGAUGGACGAAGGAGAAGUUGUGUACGUUUUUAUAUGUUUCCUUUAAAAAACACGAUAUUAUAUCAAAUUCAAUGAAAACUUGCAAAUAUUUCAGAAAAACGAAUAAUCAGCCGACGGAGAACCGGCCAUUCGCUCUGAAACGCUGGAACGCUUUGGCCGUCUGGGCCUGGGACGUCGACUGCGAUACUUGCGCCAUUUGUCGCGUGCAUUUAAUGGGUUUGUGUAUUUUAAAUUCCCAUUUACUUUGAAAUUUUUUUUAAUUACACAACAUAUUGUUCAGGUUAUUGUCGAUAAGAAAAUGCUCUAUGCUUUUGAUAACCAUUCAUACAACUUUUUCCAAUAAAAUUUCAUUUUUAAGAAGUGUAAAACUCAGCAAAAAUCGAACUUUAGCGUUUUUGAGAAAACUGCAAACUUUUUCAUCAAGAAUCAAACAGUUAAAAGACUUCUCAAUCCUACCGAUUUCUAUUUUUUCAACAUUAUUUCCUCUAGUUUCUUUCUACAUUAUUCAAUAACGUUCCAUACAUUUCUAAAACUCUCCAAGUUUUUCCGAAAUCUUCCUUUCAAGAAGAGACUCGAAGUUUCACUUUAUACUAUAAUUUCUGUAACUUUUAUAAUCUAUUCUAGAAUAUUCCAUAACUUCAGGACUUUUGUCCUAUAUUUUAAGUGUUAUAGCUCCUCGUUAAUAAUUAAUCUUCUACUCUAACCUCUUCACGGGCCAACGCGUUUCAUCACCAAUUUUUUCAGCCUUGAAUAUUUUUCCAUCGUGUUCUCCAAUGGAAAACGGUUUCCAGAAGAAUGCCUUCGAUGUCAGUCGGAGUCAUCGACGGAAUGCGUCGUCGUUUGGGGCGACUGCAAUCAUUCGUUCCACAAUUGCUGCAUGAGCCAGUGGAUCCGUCAGAACAACCGUUGCCCGCUCUGCCAAAAGGUUCUUUUCAUUGUUUCAUUCGGAAAAAUCUGAGCAAAUAAAAAAAAAAAAACACUUUUACUAGAAAGUUUCAGCCAAUAAACCUACACUGUGCUUUUUGGAACGCAAAACCUUGAAAUGUUUUGUUUUUGGAAAAGCUGCUCCUUUUUAAAGAUUCUCAAUAUCUCAGAUCCUUUGAAAAAUGUUUAGGCGCAGACUUAUUCUGCGCCAUUUGGCUUUAGGCUGGGUUGUGGAAAAAAAGGGCGUUUCGUUAACUUUUUCUCUUAAUCGAAUAUGUUGUAAAACACAAUUUUUAGGAUUUGUAAAACACAGUUUUUAGGACACAAAACCGAAUAUCCUCAUUCAGCCAGUUUUCGAGAUACGGUAGCUCAAACUAUUGCGGUAAAAAGAGAAAAAAAAAACACACAACUUGAACUCAACAAAAAUUGAAAAAAUUUUCACUGAAAAAAAUAUUCCCAAAUAGUUUGCCAAAAACACCAGUUUUAUUGCCAGUAAAUGUUUCCUCAGUGUUAUUGAAGGCUUAAAAAGGUUAGAAAUUUGAAUCAGAAAAAAAGAUUCCUGAAACUUUUUUUAUGAUGCUAGUGAGUGAUUUUUCCAGAAAGGUACAUAAUUUGGGAAUAUUUUUAUCAGUGAAAAAUUUUUCGAUAGAUUGAAUUUUCGAUUUUUUGUUCAGUUCAGGUUGAUUAAAUUUUGAGAAACUGCGGGGGAAACCCAAAUCCUUUUGUUUUUUGGCUCCCCCAAGAUGGCGACUGGGGUUUAUAUUGCAACAGCGUUGAGUUUUAGUUCAAAGAUUCUUUCAACACUAAGAAAAAAAGUUGUGUUCAAAACUCAGCUUUACUAAAAAAAUCAUUUAGAAAAAUUCGCGUUUUUCUAAAGGUUGACUCUCUUUGGUUUAAAAAUAUCUGAAAAAUUGUUAAAACAGAACAUUCAAACUUGAAAUUUUAUUGAAACAAUCAUUUUUUUCUUCUAGAACUGGGUCGUUCAGCGGAUCGGAAAGUAA